CGCAGAUAGGCGGACAUGACACCGCAUGCGUUGGUCGAGAUAUUGCCCAGCGAAUGGAACAAUUUACUCGAACUCUAUGCGCAGCGAAGAACUGAAUCCACUGGAUAUAAUUUGAUAAAGAAUUAUAUCAAAUGGAUUGAGCAAGAACCAGACUUCAAUGUCAAAUGCUUCUCGCUGGAUGGCGACUGGCAAAGUGACGGCACUUUUUUAAUAAUUGUAAUCAAUGAUGCCAAGUACAAAUUUGUGUUCUUUAACACGCUCAGCGAUAAUCUAGAGCGUUUGACAAAGGCGUUGAUCUGCUUAACACGUGAACCGGGCGAUUACAAGCUACACGAUUAUGGAGCGCGUCUCUUGCCGGCAAUGGAAGCGUAUCAAAGAGAGUUGGCACCAAAGCAAUUUGCCACCACACAGGCAGCUUGGUACCGAGUCAGCAAGGAGACAGUAGUAGGAUUUUCAACAGAGCCACCUGCUGGCAUUUCAUUGCGCAGCUUGCAGGCUGAGGAUGUGCUAACUGUAAACACCAUUUGGCGAUACGGCACAGAGAAUACUCUGGCGUUCAUUAGGCGCUUAAUAUCGUACAAUGUUUCAGUGGGAGCCUUUGAUGCAGAGGGCAAAUUACUCGCCUGUUGCUUGAGACUUCCCAUUGGUGCAUUGGGCGUGCUGCAUGUGCUCGACUCUCAUCGGCGUCUUGGCCUUGGCAGUUUAAUGGUGCGUUGUCUGUCCAAGAAGAUCGCAGCACUGGAUGAGGAAGUGCUCGCUCCCGUUGUUGUUGAGAAUACGGCUUCGAGGCAAAUGUUUGAGAAAUUGGGCUUUGUGAAAAUUGAUACCAUUUAUUGGACCAAUUGAUAAGCUUAAUUCAUUCGAAUACACAAGUAUUGCUAUCAAACAAAUAUUGAUUUAUUUAUGUAAAUAUGUAUAUGUGCUGCCUUGGUAAGCAUUGAGUAGUUACAUCUCUUUUGCUCACACGCACACACUUUGACAUUGACCCUACUUAUUGUUUCUCUUAAGUUUCUUAAGGCACUCUCAUUUUAAGAGAGCGCGCUGCGACAAGUCUU